UUCUGAUACAAUUAAAAAAAAAGAAUAAAAUUAAAAUUUUCUUCCCUGACCUUGUCGGUCUAAUUACUUGUGUGGAAACGGGCCGGCGAAGACCUGCAGCGAAACCUUUUUCAUGGCGCCGGAGGAGGCCCCAUCUCGUUGUUACCACUGAUGUUCUGAUCCGCCACUCAUUUUCUUCAACAUGGCUGCACCUUUCUUCUCCACGCCGUUCCAGCCUUAUGUAUAUCAGAGCCAACAGUCAGUGGCUACACCAUUUCAGAUACUGGGUGGAGAAGCUCAGGUUCUUCAGAUUAUGCUGAAAUCACAAGAGAAAGUUACUGCAAAGCCUGGUACUAUGUGCUACAUGUCUGGUUCUGUCCAAAUCAACAAUAUCUACUUUCCUGAACAUGAGGGGGGUGUAUGGCAAUGGCUCUUUGGAAAGAGCAUCACAACAAUAGUAUUUACCAAUGCUGGUCCUGACGAUGGAUUUGUUGGAAUUUCAGCACCAUCUCCUGCAAGAAUACUUCCGAUAGAUUUGGCAAAUUUUGGUGGGGAAAUUCUUUGCCAGCCAGAUGCUUUUCUUUGUUCCCUUAAUGAUGUUACAAUUAGUAAUACAAUGGAUCAAAGACCCAGGAACAUUGCAUCUGGUGUCGAGGUAAUUCUAAAGCAGAAGCUGGUUGGUCAAGGGCUUGCUUUUCUUGUUGGUGGUGGUUCAGUUGUACAGAAAGUCCUUGAAGCUGAAGAAGUGGUGGUUGUUGAUGCUGCCUGUUUAGUUGCGAUGACAACUACCAUCAAUUCCCAAGUCAAAUACUCCCAUCCUGUCAGAAGAGCCGUGUUUGGGGGUGACUACCAGCUAACGGUUUCUCUAACUGGACCAGGCAUUGUAUUCAUUCAGAGUUUGCCUUUUCAUAGGCUCUCACAGCGAAUAGCCCGAGCUGUGACACCUCCAGGAAUGAGAGAGAAUCCAAAGUUCUUCAUUCAGAUAGCCAUCUUCUUCUUUCUUGCCUAUGUUAUGAUUGUAUCAUCCCUAAUCUUAACAGACGUUUAGAGCUCAUAUAGUGUUUUUUUUUCUUCUUUAUUCCAGUUUUUUCUUACAUUCAUUGCAGUCCCAAUCCACAGUACAUAGAAUGUUCCCUACUCCUGUAGGGAACAGAGAGUUUCUCUUAUAAUACACCCAAAGGAAAAAUAGAAAGAUACUGUAGGAAUUGGCUUUUGUAUUUUUGGUGGCAGACUUUGGAAUUCUUGUUUUUUUCAGGGUUUGAUUAGUAAUUUAAAUGCAUUCAAUGACUGUA